AUGAAGUAUAUCUUUACUCAGGCCGAGCUGAAUUUGAGGCAGAGGCGAUGUAUUGAGUUAGUGGGGGAUUAUGAUCUUUAUAUAACUUACCACCCCAGUAAAGCUAACUGUGUAGCAGAUGCUCUGAGCAGGAAGCGAGCGGCUUCUGCUCAGGAGCAUGUUAUGGAGUCUUUGGAGAGUGAUGUGGGGCUGGUGAAUGCCUCUAAGGGUGCAGGUUCAGAGUAUAAGGUCUAUGCUAAUGGGACUAUCCUUGUGCAUGGUCAGGUCAGGUUGACGAGGGAUGUCGCUAGCUGGGUCGUGAGGUACGAUACCUGCAAGUUAGUGAAGGCAGAGCACCAGGUGGUGGGUGGCCUGUUGUAG